AUGAUGUAUAUUUCUGUUGAAGUUGGACCUGCAAAGUUUCUGAACCUCGGAUGCAUCGGUGAAGGCUACCACCGCAUAAUGUUGUUUUCCAAGUUCUUUAGGGUAUUAAAUAGCUACAAGAUCGACUACUACAAACUGCUGCUCACCGGGACCCCUCUUCAGAAUAACCUAGAGGAACUCUUUCACCUUCUCAACUUCCUGACCCCCGAGAGAUUCAACAAUCUGGAUGGCUUCCUGGAAGAGUUUGCCGAUAUCUCCAAGGAAGACCAAAUUAAAAAAAACUCCAUGACUUGUUGGGGCCCCACAUGCUACGGCGGCUGAAAGCAGAUGUCUUCAAGAACAUGCCAGCCAAAACAGAAUUAAUAGUGCGGGUGGAGCUUAGCCAAAUGCAGAAGAAGUAUUAUAAGUUCAUUUUGACCCGAAAUUUUGAAGCCUUGAACUCUAAAGGCGGAGGAAACCAGGUGUCCCUGCUGAACAUCAUGAUGGACCUGAAGAAAUGCUGCAAUCACCCGUACCUUUUCCCUGUAGCUGCUGUGGAGGCGCCGGUGCUGCCCAACGGGUCUUAUGAUGGAAGCUCUUUAGUGAAAUCCUCUGGGAAGUUGAUGCUGCUACAGAAAAUGCUGAAGAAGCUGAAAGACGGAGGACACCGAGUCCUGAUAUUCUCUCUCAGAUGACAAAAAUGCUGGAUUUACUUGAAGAUUUCCUGGAGUACGAAGGCUACAAGUACGAGCGGAUAGACGGAGGGAUCACGGGAGGGCUGCGACAAGAGGCAAUUGACAGGUUUAAUGCUCCAGGAGCUCAGCAGUUCUGUUUCUUACUGUCCACCAGAGCUGGAGGUCUCGGGAUAAACUUGGCCACCGCUGACACUGUCGUCAUCUACGACUCCGACUGGAACCCUCAUAAUGACAUUCAGGCUUUCAGCCGAGCUCAUCGUAUCGGGCAGAAUAAGAAAGUAAUGAUCUACCGCUUCGUCACACGGGCGUCUGUAGAGGAGAGGAUCACCCAGGUAGCCAAGAGGAAAAUGAUGCUCACUCACCUUGUCGUACGACCGGGGCUCGGCUCCAAAUCCGGCUCCAUGUCAAAGCAAGAACUAGACGAUAUUUUAAAGUUUGGAACCGAAGAGUUGUUUAAGGACGAUGUUGAAGGUGACAAUAAGGAUGUUGAGGACAGCAGCGUCAUCCAUUAUGAUGAUGGCGCCAUCUCAAAACUCCUGGACCGGAACCAAGACGCUACAGAGGACACCGAAAUCCAGAAUAUGAACGAGUACCUGAGCUCUUUCAAAGUGGCUCAGUAUGUUGUGCGGGAGGAGGACGGAGUGGAGGAAGUAGAACGGGAAAUCAUCAAACAAGAGGAGAACGUGGACCCCGAUUACUGGGAGAAGCUGCUGCGUCACCAUUAUGAGCAGCAGCAGGAGGACCUUGCCAGGAAUCUUGGGAAAGGAAAGCGGAUCCGUAAGCAAGUCAACUACAAUGAUGCGUCUCAGGAGGAUCAAGGUGAUAUGCGCGAAUGGCAAGAUGACCUCUCUGACAACCAAUCAGAAUAUUCCGUUGGCUCAGAGGAUGAAGACGAAGAUUUUGAGGAGAAGCCUGAAGGUCAGAGUGGAAGGAGACAGUCUCGAAGACAAAUGAAGAACGACCGGGACAAGCCACUCCCAGCACUUUUAGCGAGGGUCGGAGGGAAUAUUGAGGUUCUUGGGUUCAAUGCUAGACAACGUAAGGCCUUCUUAAAUGCAAUAAUGAGAUGGGGGAUGCCUCCGCAGGAUGCCUUCAAUUCACACUGGCUGGUCCGGGACCUCCGUGGAAAGAGUGAGAAGGAAUUCAGGGCAUACGUGUCUUUGUUUAUGAGGCACCUCUGUGAACCGGGUGCUGACGGGGCGGAAACCUUUGCCGACGGCGUCCCGAGAGAAGGGCUUUCUCGCCAGCAUGUCCUCACCAGGAUCGGAGUCAUGUCACUGGUCCGAAAGAAGGUUCAGGAAUUUGAACAGGUCAAUGGCAAGUACAGCACUCCGGAUAUGAUUCCAGAGGGAACGGAGAACAGGAAAUGUUUUGACAUGGUUUCUUCAGAUCCCACCACGCCGGUUCCAGCCAGUCCCGCUCCCAUACAGCCAGGUGCUGUGGCUUUUUCAGAUAAAAGUGAGACGCCAUCUUUGUUACCUGAGGAAGUGGACAGCGCGGAUCAGAAGUCCGUACAGCAGUCAGAGCCUCCGCCGGCAACCAAACUGGAGAAGGAAGAACCUGAAGAGAAAAGUGAACAUUUAGAAGGUAAAGAAAAGCAAGUAAACGAUGGUGUUGAAGAAGACGAGGAAAAAGACUCUACUGAGCAGACUCCUAAAGCUGAAGCAAUUCAAGAAGAAAAAUCAUUGGAAAAAACAGGACUGAACAGCACUCAGACCAAAAUAGAGGACAAGGAACCUAAGUCAGAAGAGGACAGCAAACCCGAGGAAAAAGAAGAAUGUGUGAAGCAACAAAAUGGAGAAAAAACUGUGUGUGUAAAACAAGAAGAUGAAAGCGGGAAACAGGAAGAUGGCGGAAAAUUUAAAUUUAUGUUUAACAUUGCAGAUGGCGGGUUCACAGAACUCCAUACGUUAUGGCAGAAUGAAGAAAGAGCCGCCGUCUCUUCUGGCAAAAUCUAUGACAUAUGGCACAGGAGGCACGAUUACUGGUUGCUUGCUGGAAUUGUCACACAUGGCUAUGCCCGCUGGCAGGAUAUACAAAACGACCCUUGCUACUUAAUAUUGAAUGAGCCUUUUAAAUCUGAGAUACACAAAGGAAACUACCUGGAAAUGAAGAAUAAAUUUCUGGCUCGAAGAUUUAAGGUAAUAUGGAUUCAUGUCUUGUUGGGGAAAUGGGCAAAGUAGUAUAGUGCUGAUCAGUGCUGGGACAUGGUCAUCCAGCGCCCAGGGCAAAGAUGCCAGAAUGUCC